AUGGCCAUGCAAAUCGAGAUGGCAACCACUAAGGCCACGGUUUUGCCCGACUUUAACAUGUGUUUUCUAGGUAGUUCGGACGAGCAAGUUAAGCCAUCAACAGACUCGCAAAGGGUUUUGAAGAAUGGGGUCACGGGUUUCGGACCUGAAAAGUUAUUACAGGAAAUGUUAAGAUACGUGAGGCUCGUAAGAGAACUCAAAACCACGAUCUUCCCAUCGAGCAUAUUGCUCGAGAGGUCAAGCGAUUGCAACUGUGUCAGACCAGACAUGGUCUCGGGUAUUUCACCAGUGAAUCUAUUGGAGCUCAAAUCUAAACUAAUCGUUAAACUAGUCAAGUACCCAAUUUCGGGCGGGAUUGGACCGGAAAGACGAUUGAAGCUCAAAUCAAGAAGA